UCAUUAGGAAUCCCUCGGCGGCGGCGGUCACACUAACAGCAACAGGAGGAGAUCGUGCUGCUGCCCAGCACCUCGGGGCGGCUCAGAUCUGCUGGAGGCCCCAGGAGGGAAGGUGGAUGCUGCUCUCUCUGACUUGGCUCCCAGUGACUUCUGGCCACUUCCAAAAUAUCAGACAUAUUCUCAAAGGAUAAAAUUCUGUCUCCAUCAAGGUUGAUCAGAUGCUUCUCUCACUGCCUCAGGCAGCCCCAUAAGAAGAAUCUGGAGAAUGACUGAGCUGUGGCAGCUGAGUGUGCCAUCUCCCAGUGGCCAUGUCAGAAGGAGAGAGCAAGGACAGCUCGGGCAGCGAGUGCCCCGUGUGCUACGAGAAGUUCCGGGACCUGGAGGGCGCCAGCCGGACGCUGAGCUGUGGCCAUGUGUUCUGCCAUGACUGCCUGGUCAAGUACCUGCUGUCCACCCGCGUGGACGGGCAGGUCCAGAGGACCCUGGUCUGCCCCAUCUGCCGCUACGUCACGUUCCUCAGCAAGAAGAGCUCCCGCUGGCCCUCCAUGCUGGACAAGAGCUCCCAGACCCUGACUGUGCCUGUGGCCCUGCCCUCCGUGCCCCCACUGGACAGCCUGGGUCACACAAACCCCCUGGCUGCCUCCUCGUCCGCCUGGAGGCCACCCCCGGGCCAGGCCAGGUCGCCGGGCAGCCCGGGCCAGAGCGCCCAGCUCCCCCUGGACCUGCUGCCCAGCCUGCCCCGAGAGUCGCAGGUCUUCGUCAUCAGCCGCCACGGGAUGCCCCUCGGGGAGCAGGACAGCGUGCUGCCCCGCCGCAGCCUGGCCGAGCUCUCGGAGGCCUCCCCCGCGCCCCGCUCCGCCCGCGCCUUCUGCUGCCGAUCGCGGGCCCUACUGCUCAUCACGCUGAUCGCCGUGGUGGCCGUGGUGGCCGCCAUCCUGCCCUGGGUGCUGCUGGUGAGGAAGCAGGCAUGAGGCGCACAGCAGGGAGACCGCCGGGCUGGCUGUGGCCUGGGGUGGGACGGGAGGCCCGACGGCAGCCCUGGUGCCACCAAGCUCCGAAGCGCACGAGGGCAGGCAGAGGGGAGGUCCUGGGCACAGAGAGGGCCUUGGGCUUCCCCGACCCCCGCAGGGAGGCUGGAGCUGACUCCAUGGGCGCAGCGCGUUUCCCCACGUGAAUCCUCACAGACGCCUUCCCCUUCCAUCUAGGCUGGGAAGAUGGGUGGUUACUGCCCUCCUGCAGGCUCACCAGCCCUGAGCGGCAGACCUUACCUGCCAGGUGUCUUGCCCAAAGCCAGGUGGACCCCUCCAGGGGCAAGGAAGCCCUGCUGGCAGAUGUCCUGCUGGGCUGGUCGAUGGCAGGAUCCUCCAGGCCAGAAUUCCCACCCAGGAUUUGUGACUUGCCCUCGGGAACAGACAGAACGGACACCCAGAAUCUCAGCACUCACCCCUGACCUCCACCACAGUACCCCAUCCCUAAGGCCUCCCUGUCCCCAACCUGCCAGCUUAGAAGGGCUUCCCUGAAGGAGAAGCUGAUCUCAGAGGCUGCGUCAGCAUUUCUGGGAGAAUGAACAGAAACGGUUCUUCCCGGAGAGCUGAGGCCAGAUCCAGACAGGGGUUUGUUGAUAGACACCACGCCAGCAGAGUGCCCCACGGACGGAGCCAGAGGUCCCCCUGAGCCCUCCAGGCCCAAUGAGGGAUCCAAACUUUGAGUCCUAGGGUUCUCAAGGGUGGCAGGGAGUGGAAGGGAAGCCUGACAGGCGAGCCUUGAGUCAGCUGAGAACUAUGUGGGCAAACGAACCCCUGGGGGCUCCCACCUCCCUCCCAGCUGGUCCUCCUCCUCAUGACCCAGCCACUCAUUUAGAGGCCACACCAGCUGGGCCAGUUUCCUAGGUGGAUUGCCAGGCUGGGCUGGGUGAGGAAGGGUGGGGAGGAAAACAGCUAUGCUUGUCAGGGACGCCGCCAUCUCAACUGAGGAAUGCUGAGGCCCAGGUGCCAUCAGCUGCUCCCCGAGAUCUCUUUGCCUGGGGCGCCCGCGUGGGACUGUGAAGAGUCUCAGGUUGGGUCUAGCCUGAGUCAUUCGGGGAUAGCUAUCGGCUGUUUAUUGUGGUCCGUAAGUCAACCAACACCUUUCAACGGAAAACAACAAAAACCUCUAGCAAUUAUCUCAAAUAAGUGGCAGCCUGCACCCAGCUGUGCCCACGGUUGAGCGCCCCCCCGCCCCCGCCAACCUUCCCCAACCUAUACCCCUCUCAGCAAUUUGCUGUCUGUGGGGGAAGAAAUAGUAGUCUACAUUUUAUCUAGUUCCUAAAUGCCUGCAGUGGUGGUCAUCUGGGGACCGCUGGGGAAUUGGGCCCCACUACAGGGGAUAUUUGGGACAUAGCGAAGGCUGCUUUGAAAGCAUUUGUGGGCUUCUCUGUGCUCAUUUCAAGAUUACAGAAGUGGCCGGGUGCGGUGGCUCACGCCUGUAAUCCCAGCACUUUGGGAGGCUGAGGCGGGUGGAUCACGAGGUCAGGAGUUCGAGACCAGCCUGGUCAAUGUGGUGAAACCCCGUCUCUACUAAAAAUACAAAAAUUAGCCAGGCGUGGUGGCGCACGCCUGUAGUCCCAGCUACUUGGGAGAGGCAGAAUAUCCGCUUGAACCCGGGAGGCAGAGGUUGCAGUGAGCCAAGAUCGCGCCACUGCACUCCAGCCUGAGUGACAGAGCGAGACUCCGUCUUAAAAAAAAAAAAAAAAAAAAAAACAGACGAGCACAGGUGCUAUUGGGGGGAAGGGAUACAGAUGGAUUCUAUGGGGAAAAUAUUUAUUAUAGGAAUAAAAAUAAUGUUAAAUUUGCAAAGACUCCAAUGAGUCUCUUUUAACCUCAGCCAGGCUGUUUUAAACAGUGUCAUGAAUUUUUGGGAACCUGGUUCUAGUCUUUUCAGAUUCUGUCGUAUUUGCCAAAAGUUUCUUCCAAAAUACCCUCAGUGUUUUCACAUUGUUCAGUGGUGACCUGUAGCUGCAACUUCUUUUAUUUUCAGAGAAUGCCAAAAGCUAUUUUUAAAAUAAAGGUAUAUAUUUUCUCAAA